GGGUAAUCUUACUCAAAACCUUAUUUCGAACCAAAUCACCACCCACUUCAACAAUAUAGAUUACAUCCACUGAAACUGGACUAUUCUCAUCAUUCAUGGCGAUGACAAUCUCCUCAAUAUCUCCAGAACAGGGCGAGCCCAAGUAUGGAAAGCUCAGUGUUACUUGAUAACUCGCUAUCUACAUGCUCCGUACCUGUGUACCGCCAUGCUCAAUGUGUUAACGUUACAUCAUUCACCGACAGAUGCCUUCAAUGAUUGAUCCACAAUUCCGGAGUUUAUGACAUGAAUGGAAUCUUGACUGCGUAUCAAUAAUGCGAAUUUCCCGGCCCCUCAGUUUACCCCGCGGCCACGGGACAUGACACCCCCAUCUAUGUAUCUUAUUGAUGAUAAGGUGUCCAACAUUUAUACGCCAUGAAUUUCCCCUGAUACGUAUCACUGUUCAUGACUGUCUCCAAAAUGCGUCUUUCAAAAGUUGCUACAUUGUUUUUCCUCGCCCGUUCGACUGCUCAGGCUCGAUCUUAUGUUAGCACUCUGUCACAAAAUGCCCAAGGACUCUUCAAUGAGUCUAUGGACUAUCUGGAUAGGGCAUACGACGAAAACGCUGGCUAUCUUUAUGAAACAAGCGGAUCUGCUGCAUUGAGACACGAUACUAGAAGUUCAGCAUGGUACGCCAUCGGACUUUUGGCAAGGAACCAAGGCUCGGAUGUAUCCGAAGCCGAGAAGAUAAUCUCCAAUGUUAUUGACGGUCAAUUCAAGGACCCUGAAGCGCAGUGGUAUGGGGACUAUCAGAAGGAACCAGAGGAACCGGAAGUGGGAAGCUCAUAUUAUGCGCCGAGUAUAUACAAUUCAUGGGAUCCAAACUGGCGUGGCUUCAUAGGAACAGCCUUCAUCGUUGGUCUUGAGGAGUUUGGUUCCCUCAUCUCGUCAAAUGUGACUAGUCUGAUGCUAGAAUCAUUGUACAAUUCGACCGUGGGCGACAGUUAUCGUGUCGGUGGAGUAGACGGCGAUAACCUGUAUCCUGCUUACACUAAUCCUUCAAUAAUGAGAGCUUUCGUUUCCGGAUGGACCGGUCGUCGGUGGAACGACACUAAUAUGACAAUUGCUGGCGAGAAUUAUGCUCAGCAAAUUGUUGACUUGUUCGACCGGGCCAACACACUUUCGGAGUUCAACAGUGGUACUUACACUGGUGUAUCUUUGUUCGCCAUGAGUUUGUGGGCGAAGUAUUUGCCCGAAGAUUCUGUCAUGAAACAAAGAGGUGCUUCGAUGAUCCAGUAUACUUGGGAAGCAGUAUCCAACCUGUGGCAUCCUCAACUUCUGAAUGUUGCUGGUCCUUGGGAUCGUUCAUACGGUUUUGAUAUGACGAAAUAUUUGAGCCUUCUGGCACUCCAUAUCUGGAACGCUGUAGGAAAGUCCAAGUCUUCAAUCAUCGACAAGCCUUAUAUUAUGUCACACAAUGCCGAUUUUGCUUAUGGUCCAUUAUUUGCAAUAUUGUCCGAGUUCCACAACAGUUUAAUACCAGCAAAUGUAACAGAUGCCCUUGUAAACUUCAAAGGGGAGCACACAUUUACUUCUUCAACCUAUUCACCACCGUUCGACUACUAUCCUCGCAAUAUUACAGCUUGGCUUGCAAACAACAUCAGUAUUGGCGCUGAAACAUUCAAUGAAAAUGUUGUAGGUGGACCUGCUAAGAACCAAGGCACCUUCAACCCCGCUCUUAUGCAGUGGAAUACUGGCAAUGGAAUUGGCUGGCUCACGCUCUAUGCAACAGAAAUGCAUGUUAUUGCCGAAGCUGGUAAUGGGUCGUUGAAUUUGACGUAUCCGGAAGGAAAUGAUACCUCAAUUUUUACCUUUUUAUUUUCGCCAUUUGCCGCGAAGAGGACUAUUUCAAGCAUUGAAGAUAUACAAGGGUUGAGUUUGAAUGUCUCUGGUACAGUUGACAUGAAUUAUACCUUGUCUUACGCAGGAGAGUUUGGCGGCACAGAUGCCACUAUUAAUGAUUUUGAGUAUUGGAAUGUAACCUUUUCAAUGCCAACCGGCUCGACCAAAGUACCCCAUAUUCUUCUUGAGGUUGACCUUUGGUAAGAAGGGUAUUCGAACUGCGUAUAUAUGUAUAUAGUUAGACUCAAUAGUUCAAGAUACGUUAUAUAAUACUGGGUAUUCUCAAACCUUGCUCAUUAUUGGGAAUCAUAGCAUGCGGCCGGUGGGCUGAGGUCAAGUUAGUGCUUGCAAAUAUAUGCGAGAGAGUUAAAUCCAAUGGGAAAUUGCAUGGGAUACCAUCAUCCUUCGUCAUCAGUUGAUUGAUUUGAUGUCCUAUAAUGACCUUCCUAUCUCUACCAGGAUCGUUGAAAUAUCAGACCCCACGAUCGAAAUAAUGACGCCGCCAAAUCCACGGAUACCAGGUCCAAUAACCUGAUUACUAAAUCUAGUAAGCUGUUGACGUUUGAAAACA